CUGGGAUCAAUUCCCGGCGGACACCAAACAAAACGAUAACAUCGGUUUUAAGUCCGCCAUCUAUACGUGGAAGCAUCACAGUGUUUGUCAACCCAUGCAUGAAGCAAAUUCCAAGCCCACAAAGCCACGACGCAUGCCACGUUCUCUCCAUGCACGUCCCCACCUCCCCUUUUAAAUUCCAACUCCAAAUUGUCCCUUUUCUCGUUCUACAAAAUAUCCCGAUUUUCUGCCGUCAACCUGUUCGAUAAAAUGCCAGGCCUAACACUCGGAGACACACUGCCAAAUCUUGAAGUUGAAACCACUCAGGGAAAGAUCAAACUCCAUGACUACGUUGAUAAAAGCUAUACCAUUAUCUUUUCUCACCCAGGGGAUUUCACGCCUGUUUGCACCACGGAACUUGGCAUGAUGGCUGCUUAUGCCGACAAGUUUGCUGAGCGAGGAGUUAAACUUUUAGGCCUGUCUUGUGAUGAUGUUAAUUCUCACAAUGAAUGGAUCAAGGACAUCGAAGCCUUCAAUAAUGGGCACAAGGUGACUUACCCAAUUGCUGCGGAUCCCAAAAGGGAGAUCAUCAAGCAACUUAACAUGGUGGACCCCGAAGACACGCAGUCACCAUCUCGUGCUCUUCACAUAGUCGGCCCCGACAAGAAGAUCAAGCUGAGCUUUUUGUACCCUGCGAGCACUGGCCGGAACAUGGAUGAAGUAGUGAGGGUUCUGGAUUCGCUGAUGAAGGCGUCGAAGCACAAAAUUGCGACGCCUGCAAACUGGAAACCUGGAGAGCCCGUGGUGAUUGCUCCGAGUGUGUCGAACGAAGUGGCUGAAAAGAUGUUCCCACAGGGUUUCGACGCUGCUGAUCUUCCUUCGGGGAAGGAUUACCUGCGAUUCACAAAUGUCUGAGCAUAUACAUAUACAUAUAUCUGCAAGUUCGGAAUUGUCUGAAUAUUACUAGUAAUCUUUUUUCAAUGUUUUUGUUUAUUUUGUUUAAUUAUUGUGAGUUGUGACUGUCUGCUGUAUU